AUGAGUGCUCUAAGCCUUUUCUUAGAGUCCAUCUCUAAGCAAUGCUCUUCUCUCGAUUUAUCGGGCGAAUUGCUUAAUAAAAUUGAAUAUUACGUAUUGUUUUCAUCGAAAUCUGAUCUUCAACCUCAAAUUGGUUAUUUGAUUUCAACACUGCUCAGUUAUUUUCACAAAAAGACUGAAGAAAUAUCUUUUGACACGAAAGAUGUCAUUGGAGUCUUCAGAAUCUUUCGAUUUUUUCGAUCUCAAUGUUUAGAUGCUGAUCAAAUCAAACAAUUGGAAGACUUUGCAAUCAAAAUACUCCAUGGAGAUAACAAUGAUCUCAAAAUCCAAGCAUUCUUGCUUAUGAUAGAGAACAUUGCACAACUAAAAAGAACAGAUUUUUCAACUUAUCUCAAAUUUGUUGAUUGGGUACUUGACUACAUCAAAAAAUACAAUCCAGAAGAUUCGCCAUUGAUGAUACCCAUCCUAACAAACAUUGUUUUUGUAAUUUCUUACUUCAAUGAAAUUAAAAUUCCAAUUAACGAGAUUAUUUUCGAAUUGAUACAAAAAGCUAAAUUCAUCCUCGCUCAAAAUGACGAUUCCGACAAUUUUAAGACGAACGAACAUAUAAUUCGAAAAAUUUUUGGUUCGUUAUCUCGAAUUUUCCAUAAUACUCACUCAAUUCCCGAAAAAGCCAUCGAAGAAAUAUUAAAUUUGAAAGAAAUGAUCCCAGACAGCAUACAAUUCUCAUUAGUUUUUCAAUCUUAUAUUCCUUUAUUUUCAUUAGUGCUAGAGCAAUGCGCAAAGAAGAAUUAUCCACUACCCAAUACAAUUACAUCAUUUUUACAGUCAGAAUAUGUCAUGAAUCUUCCUUUCUUUACAUUUUUGCCUCAUGCCAAAAAUAAAAGGAUCCAACAAGCAACAAAUCGCAUUACAGAAUACACAAUGAGAUUAUCUAACAACUACAGUGAAUUUUUACCAUUGAUUUGGCCACUUUUGUACUCGGUUUCGAACCAUUCAAAUACAUCUCAAUAUCUUUUCGCUGAUAUACAGAAAAUCAUCAAAGAAAACAUCGACAAACAAGUACCAAAUUUCAUUCCGAACAUCCUACGACAGAUUAUUGGCUGUUUAAGCAUAUUAAAACAAGAUAUUUUAUUAGUUGACAGGGAAUCUAAGUCGAAGAGCUUCGAAUACGAUUCCUGGAUGAUUACAACACAUUUCUGUAUCAAAUUAUUUCCUUAUAUCAUUGCUUCUGGGGAUAUUUCGAAAUAUGAGAUCGAAUUUCUUGAAGCAUACAACGAAUUAACGCGAUUUGCAGCAUUUAUACUCGAUCUAUAUACAGCACAGAGUUCUCAGAACGCUCCAGACAUCGAAUAUUCACCAGAAUUUCUUCAUCAACUCAACAGAAGCGAUUUUGCCAAAAGAAUGGUCCAUAUUAUUCAAGAAUACAUAAAAAUAAUCGCACCUUUACCGAGUAAUUUUAAGGUUUCCAUAUUAAAUCAGAAUUUAAUUUUAUUAUUACCGACAAAGUCAUAUCAUUCCUUCCACAAAAUAGUACAUCAGCACAUAAUCAAGAUAAUCAACGACCCUACGAUGUACCACGUAAGUUUUUUCCGUCUCGUCAGCCACAAUUUCGAAAAACUUUUUUUGCCAACGCCUUUACCACACUUAUUAGACCUCACGAGGUCGAUAUUCCAAGACGCCUUUGGAUCUGACGCAAAGGCAUCCAUAUUCGCAAACGCUCCUCCUUCAAUGGUCGAAGAUAUCGCAUCAUUCAUAUGGAAAAUCUUAGCAUCGAAGCACGCCGUACUCAUAGAACUACUGCUUACUGUAUUCGUAUUAUUCUUCCCCAUAGGAAAGGCCGCUCGCGUCCCUGUUUUUCUGAAUCAAUUGAAAGAAUCUCCAAAUUUAAUGAUUCUUUUGCUUAAUAACCUCAGCGAGGACACAGAUUUAAAAGUGUUUACAGGUCUCCUUGCUCUUUUCUUCUAUCCGAGCUGUUACCCGAACUAUGAGCAAGCCGAUCAGUGGACAAACUUAUUUCUCCCGGCCUUGGAGAGCGACAUCCACCUCUACGGGGCAGUCCAUGUAUUGUACAGUGAUACUUCGAAGAUUUUCCCAAUGUGGGUGAAGAAAUUAAACAAACCAACACAGUUAAGGCUUGUUACUGCUUUAACAGCUUCCCUGGCCAAGCUGAAACAGAAUGAAAGAUGUUACCCGUUGGCUUUGCUCAGCAGAAUCCCUGAAUUGACAACAGAACUCUCAAUGACUUUACACGAUACCAAAAAAAGAAAAAUUAAAAUUGAAUUGGACGGUUUUACAUUUUACGCGGAAAAUAUUUUGGAUAUCGUCAAAAAAAUUGAUACAGACAACAUAAAUUUGUCACAAAGGAUAUUUAAAGAAAUCCUCAAAAAAGUUGAGUUCGUGGAAUUGAUGACCAACCAGACCUUCUCAAAUUUCUGUCAGAUAUUGGUCAAAAACAAAUCUUUGGUUUUAGACGAUUAUUCUGACAAUAAUUUAGUUUACAAAACCGUUUUCUUAAGAGGAUAUUAUUUACAAGAUUUUGAAAUCGAAAAAAUACCAAACUUGGAAGAAUUUCUUGGAAUAAUUUUGAUGCUUUGUAUCAACAGAAAUUACUCAGAUACAAUCAUCAAAUUCAUAGAAAUAUGUUUGCCAAGAAUUCCUGUUUCUGAACUUUACGUAACCAUCGCAACCGCUUUAUUACACAUGUCAAAUUUUUCAUACAAAAAAGUUUUGACAAUUUUCCGUCAAAUUUACUUUAAUUUGCCAUACGACAAAAACGAAGAAAUAAGCAUUGGAAAGAAGAUCUGUAAUAAAUUCCAAUCAUCAUUGACAUCUCCAAACAAAUACUACAGAAGACUAGUUAUUAAAGUUUUGUCGUUUUAUGAUGAGAAAAAAAUCCAUAAUUUUCCAUGUCCAAGUAAUUAUGGCGAUGUUUUUAAGACAAUUUCUUCUGGCAUCAAUAAUCAUCCUUACAGAUUCCAGUUCAUUGUCAAGAACAUCCAGAAUUUGCAAAAUCCUUCUUUGGCAAUAGAUUUCAUGCUCCAAUCAUUCGAAAGAUUGAAUUUACACACAAUUCCGGAAGAAGUUUUUCCUGUUUUAGAAUCAAACUAUUUUUUUGGAAUAGAAUCAGGUAAAUUCAAUAUUUCGGUUUUGUCACGUUUAUUGUCAAUUGUUCCAAAAGACAACAAAAUGGUCACUCAACUUUUGUCUUUUUUGAACACAUUGAAACAACAGAAAUUUGUGAAAUUCAUUCCUUAUUUCCUCAAAAAAUGCGAAAAACGUGAUUUGUUACAAAUGUUUCCAAGAAAUUUGGAAAGUUAUGUAAAAGUGACAAACGGUUUGCCAGAAAUUCCUGCACAUUAUUCUGAUGCGUUAUUAAUAGAGUUUGCAUCGAGAUUAGAAGGAUUUUCAAAUACAAAUGAAGUCUACAAUUGGUGCAAUUUGUGUUUGAAAUCAAUGAUGUCGGAAAACAGAUUCAUUUCUCAAAAUGUUUUGCUAACUUUUGAAAAAGUGACAAAUAUUGUUUAUAAUGUGAAAAAAUCGAUAAAUAUCGAUCAGUUUGUUAUUACUUUGCUAGAUGUUUUGUCGAUGAUUAAGUUCAAUCACAUGGAAAAUGAUUGUGACUUUUCAAAAAUUUGUUCUCAGUUCCAAGAAGAAAUUCCAAGAAUUUCUCUCAAUAAUUUCAUUUAUCAGGAUUUUAACGCAAAAUCUUUUGUCACUUUUGUUGAUAUUUUGACCUUAGAAGAUUUAGAUGAUUUGAGGAAUAAUUUCAUCAAAUUAAUCCAUGAAAAUUCUUCAAAAAUAAUUGAAUUCUUUACAUCAAAAAGUGACAGUCAAUUUACAUCAUUUAUUUUUAGUUAUUUAUUGACGAAAUUCACAGAAAAAAGCAAAAUUUUGCAGAACAUUGAUAUUAUUUUAUUAAUAGAUGUCAUAACAUUCCUUUUCAGACCUUUGAUAUUUAAUUUCGAACCUUCUUUGUUUAUUUCGAUUUCAAAAAUUUUGUUUCCUGCAGAGUUGGCUUCAAAUUAUAACAAAAGCUCUCAAAUUUUAGCGGUUUUUGUAAACCAAGUUAUACCAUUUAUCAAAAGUUAUCCUAUGUUCUUUUUCCAACCAUUAGUUAUUAGAUUGUUAACUGUUUUCUGCAAGAAAUUACCAGAAGAUUCUCAUCAAAUUGUACAAAGUUGUUUGACGAAAAAUGAAGAAUUUAAAUCGGAAAUUGACAGAUGUUUUUCAUUAGCUUUGACCGAUGUUUCUGUUGCAGUAUUUGGAAUAUCAGAUAUUAAACUAGAUUUAUCAAAUGCCGGAAGAGGAUUGUUAUCUUUGAUUUCGUUGAAUUUUGCUUAUUCUAUUGGAAAACAAGGAAUUCAAUUUGAAGAUCCGAUUUAUCUUCAAAACACUGCAUCAUUACACUUUAAUAUUCUUAAAGGAAAGGCUUCUUUUAAUGACUCUCCAACAUUGAAUCGAUUAAUGAAUUGUUUGCUGUCGUUAAAUACAGAAAACUUCAAUCUCGACAAGAAAGAAACUUCAGAAAUUGUUUCUAAUUACUUAGAUGUGACUCCUUUAGUUUCAAACGCAAGCCAUUCUUGUUAUAAAAAUUGCGGACAACAUUCUGAGCUGUUUGACACGGAUAAUGAAAGAAUUAUAAGGUUUUUAGUUGCUCUUCCUGUUUCGAAUCUUUCUAACAUGAAAUAUGGUUUAGAUAUCAAUGAAUUAUAUUAUAUUCCUAUUAUUUUGGCAAAAGUUGAUCAUUCGAAAUCAAAAAUUUGGAAUGAACAAAUUUUGGAAAUUUACAAUGAAAUCAUUGAAUUCUUUUCUUCUUCAAACUUGAAGAUCUACUAUUAUAGGUUCUAUCCAAGAGCAAUUAGAGAAGCCAUAAAUAACCUCGAGGACAAAAAACCUAAAAAAUACAAAAUGUUUGACAUUUUCAAACAAAAAUUGAAAGAUGAAAUAAAUGAAGAAAUGGCUUUACAUGAUAUCAGGUCUUUGAUGUCGAUAAUGAUUGAUUUGGCUCCUUUUGUGAUGACACACGAUAUGGACAUUCCUCCUGCUUUGUUGCCGAAUAAUUUAUUGAGUCCUCAGAGAAUGCAAACGAAAGAUUUCUACAGUUUGUUUCAGAAAGCUGUAGAAAGUUGCGAAGAAACUCUUGGUGUCACUUUUUCACAAAAAUUGAUAGAAAAAUUUUGUGAAAAUUUGAGUUCAAAUUCAGAAAUUGAUCCAAUAAAACUCGGAACACCAUUCGCAACCGCGGCAGCAUGGAAAGACCAAUUCGACAAAAUGAACAAACUCCACAAACCAUUGUCUGUUUUGUUUGAAAGUUUGUGUCCGCACAAAAUGUCCGAUUUCGCAGAUGCCGUCAAUUCAUUGAAGCAUCCGAUAUCUGCCGAUACUUAUUCAUUUGUACGGAAAAUGUUGAAUGAAAGAUUCAAAGAAAAAUUCUCUGAUUGGCUCCAAAAAACUCCUUUUCUUUCGUUUUUCUUCACGAAACCAUCAGAGAAUCUCAUUCCUGAUCUUUGGGAUAUCAAAUGGUUCGAUGUCAAACACAAUUUCCACUUGAGAAUCUUCGCAAACAUGAUAAUGCCUCAGUGGUAUUCGUGUUUACUCGACCAAAUAUCAGAAAAAGAUUUGAAAAUGACGAUAGCGCCGGUUAUUUCUGACAUCGAGGAGAAAUAUCCUGAAUUUAGGAAGUUUUCCGCUUAUUACGUUUCCCUUUGUCCCAAUUCUUCACUUGCUGAAUCCCUUUGGACUUCAAAAGCUUUCAAAAAGUCAAUGCCACUUCCAACGAUGUCACUUUUUGAAAACAGAAAUUUUUUGUAUCAAAAGAACUUAUGCGAAGAUGCCCUUGGUCUUCUUAAAUCCGAAUAUAAAGAGCUUAACAAAGCAGCAACAUAUCAUCAACUUGCAAAUUACAAAGCUGCUUUUUCGGAAUAUUUAGAAGCAAUGACAAAAAGUAACAGAAUUUAUUCAUUGAGUUUAGUUGAAUUAAGAAGUGUAAGUUGCAAUUUGAGUUUAGUUAGACAGAUGCCAUUUAAUGACAUCUUCAAAGUAUCAAAUGCUUCUCCACAAGUAACUCUUCCAUUUUUAAUGAAUUUCAACCCACAAAAUGAAAUUAAAACAAUGGUUUCUUACCAAACAUAUAAUCCAGAGAAUUUCACAAGUUAUUUCUCUCAGAUUUAUUUACCUUUCUUAACAAGAAGCGCAAUGAUUGAAGAGAUCUAUAAAUCACUACAAAUCCUGAGACAAAGAACAGCGCAAAGCCAAAACAUUCCUGAUUUAAUCAAGCCGUGGAUGGUAACAUGGAUGAACACACUUGAUAAACUCACGGCAACUUGUUCUGGCAUCGCGUGGAGAAUGACAAUCAUUGCGAAAAUGAAAGAAACAACUGAGAUGCAACCAAAUACUCCCAUUUUUAAUAGUUUGAGCCAAUGCUUGCAAAAGAAUUACUCAAAACUGAGUUCUCUUUUGCAACAUUCUGGAGCUGUUAAAUCUGCCCUUAAAUUACUGAAUUUCGGAGGAGAAAUUGAAAAAUUUCAUGUAACAAAAUCAUCUUUGGGAAGAAUUUACAAUUUUCUCACAAGAAAUAAUUCAGAGAAAUUGACAGCAAUAAGUGAACAAUUGUUUAUUAUGUUACAUGACUUUAGAGGAAUCAAAUCGAACAAACAUUGGCUGAAAUUAAUGUUUGAAGUCUCGAAAUGUUUCCCUGUUUUGAUUGAACCGAAUUCUUUCUUUUCUAGAAUUGCAAUGGAAAUGAAAGAAUCCAAAAACGAAUCAAGAGAUUUCAUCAUAGCUUUGGCCUUGAAUUUCGUCAGAAUUAAACCGGAAAGUAUCCCAAUUUUCCACCAACUCCUUUUACAAGUUGUUCCUCCAAAACAAAUGCAAACACAAGGAUCCCAAUCGCAGCAAAUCGACUUGAAGAACAUUUGGCUUCGAUGGCUUCCUAUGAUCAUAAAACACGCGAAAUCUCCUCCAGACGGGUUUCUUUUGGCUCUUUUGGAAAGACAUCCAAUGCAUUUUUUGAUGUCAAUUAAAUCUUUGAUGAAUUCUGAUUCUUGUUCAGAAAUUGCGAAGGAAAUUUACAUCAAAGUUAUGCAGAAAAAGAGUCUUUCUGUGUUUGAGUUCGAAGAAUCUUUCACGUGGAUUGAGAAACUCAAAAAAGAAAUUGAUGAUUUCGAUUUCAACGUCAAUUUAUUCCAAAAACUCAUAAAAAUGAUUGACGAUGAAAAUGUCGAAAUUUCUGAUGAAGAAAAAGAGAAAAUUGGCGGAGAAAACUUCGAUGAUUUUGUCAACUAUUGCAAAGAAAAUCCACCUUAUUUCUUUGUCGAUGACAAAAGUUGCCAAAGCAUAUCUGCAACAGGAACAAGAUUCACGUCAAUCCAAUUAAAUGUCAAUUCACUUUCUUUGAUUACAACAAAAAGUGACGAAGCAAGUUUAAGGUUAUCUACAACAAUUGGCGAGAUCAGAUACUUUUCACUUGUUUCACCACGUAUUUACGGAUUUACCUUCCAAGAGCACAUGUUUUCAGCAUUGAUUAAGAGAAUGAUUGACAAUCAUCCAUCAAAUGUUUCCAGGAGCAAAUUCAACAAUUUUGUUCCUUAUACAUUCCUUUUGUCUCCGAAACUGAUGAUUGUCCAUCACGGCCCAAUCAAUUCUCUUUACUCUGCAAUUGGUUUGGAUGAUAUCUGCGAGAGAUUGAAAGAGAUAAAAAAGAUUGAUUCCGAUCAAAGUCCUUUCGCCAAAAAAGUUCGUAAAAAUUGUCAUAAAAUGAACGAUUUACAUAAAUGGUUCAUUGGCGGAACAGAAGGAAUUUAUGUAGAUUUCCUGAUGAUGAGACAAGCAUUCGCAAGCAGUUUGGCAUUUACAAUGGCCUUAAGAGUUUGUUUCAGCGCGAGUUUGCCUUCAAUUCCGAAUGUUUGUUUCUCUUUGGACAGACAAAAAGUUGUUUUACCAGGAUACUUUUUGAAGAGAGAAAACACUGUUACUUUGGCUCCUUUGACAAACGCUUUCCGUUCAUUUUUACCUAAUUUCCUUUUGAAAGGAAGUUUCGAAUCAUCAUGGCUUUCAACAAUUGAUAGUUUAGCAAAGCACAUCACGAAAAUUAGAAUUAUUUUAGACGUUUUGAGAUCAUCUGGAGAAAAUGAAGUUUCGAAUUCACAAAUCUGCAACAGAAUAGAGAUGUUGGCUCCUUGCGUUGGAGAAGACACAGAGAACGUGGAGAGUGAAUUCGCUUUCGAUAUUAUUAACCAUUUGAUUGAAAAUUCACAGAAUAUUACAGAUCUUCAUGCAUCUUACGCAUGGAUUUGA